AUGCUCCUCUCUCCUCGCUUUCUGCGAGUACGCCCGCGCGUGCUGGUUCUCGCAGGUAUCGUCUUUUGUGUUGUUCUUUGGUCUCUUCUUUCGGGCUCUGGCAAGCGCCCUCAGCUCCUGGAUCAAGAAACAAUUCGACGGAGAUUUCCCCUGGCUUGGGAACAUAUUCAGCAGUUCAAUCGUUCAGACAGCGGAGCUUGGUAUAUCCCCCCCUCAUGGCAGGGCGACCAUGCCGAACCCGAACACAUCCUCGAGGCUGCCAAGUUUGCCUCCGACGCCGCCAAACUAAGUCCCCAUCGACAAAUGCCCUAUUCCAAUAUUCCUCUUGUCGUUCACCAGAAGUGGAACGACGCCGACCUCACCCGACUCAACAGCGAUCUUCUAAGCUACAUUGAGAGAUGGCUCGAGUACUCUACCUCUGCAAACGAUACGUUCCGCGAGAUGGCAUAUUUCUUCUGGGCGGAUGCGGGCGUCUCGGCGUUGGUGAACACAUACGAGCCCGACUUUUUGGCAGAUUAUCAAUCCAUGUUCUCUAGGGUCGAAAAGGUUGAUAUUUUCCGAGUCUUGGCCUGCAAGUGGUUCGGCGGUAUCUACGGCGACGUUGAUACCGAACCACUCCAACACCCUGCCGAUUGGAUUCAAAAAGAGGACAUCACGCAGUGGACUGAUGAAGAAACUGGCGACAUCUACGGCAUGGAAUUGCCUACGGGCAAAGGCGCAGACGCCAAGCUAGCAGAAAUUCGGCCUGUCAACCUCCUCUGGGGACUCGAGGCAGACACGGACCCUAAUAGCGAUCAGUACUGGCGAAUGGGCUAUUCACACCCCGUGCAACUUACAAACUGGGCCAUGGCCUCUGCGCGCCAGCACCCUGUUCUGUAUCGCUUCAUGGACCGCUUGCAGGACAAGCUUGUGACCGAAAAACAGGCGACAUUACAGUCGGAAAAUGGGCACACGGCCAAGGAUCACGACCCGUUGACCCGUACCGGGCCGGCAGCUGUGACAGAAGCCACCAUUAUUUGGCUCAAAAAACAAGUUGGCCUGCGGUGGAAUGCAAUGUCAGGCUUGAAAGACGGCGGACGCGCCAAGCUGGCAUCGGAUGUGCUCGUUUUGCCCAUCACUGGCUUCAGUCCUGGCCGCGGCAAGUUCGGCAACAUGGGCUCCAAGCCGUACACAGACCCGGAUGCCCGACUGGCUCACCACGCCAUGGGAUCGUGGCACAAGUUUGAUCCUGUCGUGGAAUACGGCAAGUUCUGUCGAACUUUUUUCGGCAUGUGCAAGGACUGGAGCAAGGUGCCGUCAUGA